AUGGUCCUAACAGCAAAACCUCCCCAGGAUCUUGAUGGUUUGGCGGCCAUUUUUUCUCCGUCCAUGGCUCGUAUUGCGGCUGCAACUGCCAAGGACUGGUCGUAUGUAGACGUCUGGCUUGCCUCCAAGUUCCCCGAUAGCCACAAUCUGCCCAGUUUUGAACGCAAUCCCUCAACACUCAAAGCCCUGCUCGCGGUGGCCGGCACCAAUGAGCGUGCUGACGACGGCCAUAAUCUACUCGCCAACGCGGAAAAACUUACCCUGCAAGAAAGCAGUUACCUAGAUGGGUAUUUCGAAGAUUUAGAAGAGGGUCCAUCUCUUCGAAAAGUCUUCCCAGGCAUCCGUGAACAUGUUUUAUCAGCCGUUUCCGCGCACCUCGACCAGGAUGGGAAAGCUGCCCUUAACGCUAUGGGAGAUGCAGCCGUACAAUAUGGGAUCACCCUCCCAAAGCUGGAGCACCUUCGCAAUCGAAUAAUCACCCUGCAAACGACUUUGGCCGAAACCUCUCAGGCAAGUUUCAGAGCAGACGUUUGGAGAAGUUUCCUUGACCGUGAAGCGAAGAAGGCCACAGACUGGCUUGCGACUACCCGGAGCGAAGAUUACGGACUGCCGUCAGAACUAGCCAAGCAUAAUCUGGACCUACAGCGGAAAACUAAGGCCCUGAUUGCGCAUUUAUCAGAUGCACAGGAGCGCAUGGUAACCUGCAUGCCAUGCGGAAGGGGCUCUGAUCCAAACAUUCAACUCGUGGCUGAGGAAGAAGAGCAGUUUAUGGCUAUAUUAUCUCAGAAGAGGGAACUAGACGCGCAGAUGACGAUAUUCGAAGGGUUGCCGAGCGAUGGGGACAAAGCUGGGGACGAGGUUGACGCACUUCGGCAAAAGCUGAGAGGUUUCACUUCUCGAAGAGACGAAGUCUUCGAAAGUUUAGUUGAAAAAGCCAGCCCGACCAAGCGGCGUCCGGGACGAAGCGUCCUCUGA